AUGAGUGGUUUUCGUAACAGAAUACAGAGUUGGGGUAAAGGACUUGGAACUGUGCUUUCGGACAGCAUUGGUGAUGAAAGUAGCGAGAAAACCAGUCGAUCCAUUCAGCACAACCAUUACGAAGAAGACGAUGCGCUACCACCAGUACACUUGAUUGGAUACUCCGAAAAGACAAAAAACAGACUUCUCAGCAAGGAAAUGUGCGAAGAGUUACGCCAGCUGAUGCCAACACGAAUUCAGUUAUAUACAGAAUGGACUCUCCUUUAUAGUUUAGAACAACAUGGAGCAUCCCUACAUUCGUUGUACGACAAGUUGAAGUAUGAUACAAAUAAUAAUGCAAGGGUAGGAUAUGUCAUAGUGAUACGGGAUCGUAAGGGAGGAAUAUUUGGUGGAUAUGCCAAUGAAACAUUUCAUCCUACCGAUAGUCGAAGAUAUUAUGGCAACGGAGAAUGUUUUCUAUGGAAAAUGGAAAAAGUUCCUGACCUACAAUUGCAUGACAAGCAUGAUUGUAAACAAGAUAGUCAUAAUUGGCAAUUGAGGGGAUUUCCUUACACCGGGGAAAACGAAUUCUCUAUCUACUGCACAAGCACAUUUUUGUCCAUGGGAGCUGGCGAUGGACAUUAUGGUCUAUGGAUAGACGACGGCUUGUUCAGAGGAGUAACGUUCCCAAGCAUGACAUUCGGUAAUGAUAUCUUAAGCAGAGAAGGUUCCAAAUUUCACAUAGUUGGAGUCGAAGUGUGGAGAGUAGGAUAA